GUGAAGUAAUUGAGUGAAGUUGUGUUGUAUAAAAGAGCUGAGAAUUGUAAUCAAAAUGGAUGGACUGGAGUUGAUUUUCAUAUGGAUUUUUACAUUAUUAGUUAUUAUUGGUGGAAGCGGAUUCCUUAUUUAUUCGUGGUCUAUGCGAAAAUUUCGAUACUGGAAGGAUAGAGGGAUUGCCUAUGUUGAACCUGAAUUUCCAUAUGGAAAUACAAAGGGUGUCUCAAGGGAUGUUCGCUUCAGUGACAUCUUGACGAGCUUUUAUAACAGAUUUUCUGGACGUGAGAAAUUUGUGGGAAUGUACAUAUUUAUGAGACCAAUAGGGGUGGCCAUUGAUCCGGAGUUGGUAAAAAAAAUUCUUGUCAAGGAUUUUCACAAUUUCCAAGAUCGUGGAUUGUAUCACAAUGAAAAGGACGACCCACUGUCGGGACAUCUUUUUACACUUGAGGGUGAACCUUGGCGUGUACUGAGGACCAAACUCAGCCCAACAUUUACAUCGGGCAAAAUCAAAAUGAUGUCCAAUAUAAUGGUUGAGGUGACGAGCGAACUGAAGAGGAUAGUUGAUGAGCAAAUGCAUGAGAGUUGUGAUAUGGACAUCAAUGAUACAAUGGCACGCUUUACGAUGGAUAUAAUUGGAAACUGUGCCUUUGGUAUUGAAUGCAAUGCACUGAAAAAUCCUAAUGAGGACCUGAUGCUAUUUGGAAAGAGAUUUUUCCUACCAAGUCGAAAGCAGGCAAUUCGCCAGCUAUUUUUCGGUAUCUUCCCGGAUUUAUCGCGCAAAUUAGGUAUUAGGGCAAUUGAGGAGGAAAUCAGCUCCUACUUUAUGCGUGUCAUCACUGAAACAGUAAGGUACAGAGAAGAAAACAAAAUUGUUCGGUCGGAUUUUAUGGAUUUGCUCCUGAGACUGAAGAAUAGCGGAAACCUCGAAACUGAUGGGACUGUUGAGAAAUCCGGCUUAAUCACCCUCAAUGAGCUUGCGGCUCAGUGUUUUGUUUUCUUCCUUGCGGGUUUUGAAACCUCCUCAACAACCAUAUCUUUCUGCUUGUAUGAAUUGGCUCGCAAUCCGAAUAUUCAGGAGAAGCUGCGCGAGGAAAUCUUGCGGUCUCUCGAGGAGACAAAUGGAGUUCUUACAUAUGAAGUUGUCAUGGGAAUGAAAUAUCUUGAGAAAGUGAUAAAUGAGACGCUCCGAAAAUAUCCAGCUGUGGAGAUGCUCGUGAGGAAAGCAGCAAAUGAUUACCCCAUCGAAGGGACACCCCAUACAAUACCAAAGGAUACCCUCAUCUUCUUACCCGUCUACACUGUCCAUCACGAUCCCAAAAUCUAUCCACAUCCCGAUAAAUUCGAUCCCGAGAGAUUUAGCGAAGGGAAUGUGCGGAAUCGUCAUCCGUACACGUACUUGCCAUUCGGGGAGGGACCAAGGAGUUGCAUUGGUAUGCGCUUUGGAUUGCUCCAGACGCGAAUUGGAAUUGUAACAAUGCUCAGGAAUUACAAAUUGACACCAUGUCAUAAAACUCCCCAGGAACCACUCAAUUUUACACCACGCAGCAUUGUACUUAAAGUUAAAGAUAGCAUUUGGUUGAAGAUUGAAAAGUUGUAAGAUAAUUCAACUUUCAUUACUUUUUCUACUGAAAUUUCAAACGAUAUUUGCAAAAUUAAUUAUGUUACCUAUUUUUUUUAUUGAUAUUAACCGUUAAAGUGUUAAAACCUAAUUAGAUAAAGUUUUUGAGUAGGUAGAAUAAUUUGUUUAUAAUGAAAUUACAAAAAAGUAACUACAGAUAAGUUGUGAUUUAAAUUUCCAGAGCAUUAUUUUAUUGUUGUUUUU